AUGGACCGCUUAGGCAUGGAAGUCGCGUAUGCGAACGCGAAGAAGAGUUAUGAUGAGGGUGGCGUACCCAUCGGCGCCGCUCUGGUCUAUCAUGGCGGCGACGGCGAGCCGCGGGUCGUUGGGGAGGGUCAUAACGCGCGCGUCCAGAAAAACUCGCCAAUCCUCCAUGGAGAGACUGCAGCCUUGGAAAAUGCAGGGCGAUUGAAGCCUGAUGUCUACCGCAACUCGACCAUGUACACCACCCUUAGCCCUUGUAGCAUGUGUGCGGGGGCGAUCCUUCUAUACAAGAUCCCGCGCGUCGUGAUCGGUGAGAACGUCAACUUCGUAGGGGAAGAAGAGUUGCUACGGAGUCGAGGCGUGGAGGUCGUGGUCCUGAACGACGAAGAAUGCAAGGCGCUGAUGGCACAGUAUAUCCGCGAAAAACCGGAGGAUUGGUACGAAGACAUCGGCGAGAAGAUCCGUAAGGACUAG